ACUCACGGUCGGUCGGUCGAUUUUCGCUGGACGUCUGGAUUUUUGGUACGUUUUAGGCUAGUUACGUCAAGAGAAGUUUAGUUUUUCUUACGCGAGUGUUUGCAGUGGCGGAGCAAAGCGAAAAAAGGUGAGCUGGCAAGAAAAACGAGUUUUCGUUCGACCGUCGUCGGCGUCGAGAAAAAGAGAUCACAGUGUGUUACGCAAAUAUAGAAAAAAAGGCUCUCGAGGCUGGAAAAUCGAGCCAGCCGUGGAUGCGGUGGUGAUUGUGCCCGUGAUUACCCGAAGAGCCUCUGACAUAAUCGUUCAACCAGUGAGUUGUGCCUCCAAAAGCCGCAGUUACGGAUGUGGAUCACGCUCGGAUCGAUCGAGGAAAAAUUCUGACCAAAAGGCUCUCUUUUCGUGGUUACGUUGCAGUGAGUGUGUGUUUCCCACCCCAAAGUGUUGAGAAUAAGAAGACGAAAAACCCUUUUCCUCAUCGGCGUGCGAGGUAAAGUGGUAUCCAAACAAAGAGUGACGAACGAAGAAAAAGGUACAAAUCAUCGUCUCUCCAAGAAAACUCGCCGGGUUUUGACUUCAGUUCCGCGCUCGGCGUUAGAUAAUUAAUGAAUUCGAAAAUGCAAACACUUUUCCUGACCGGUCUGCUGGCGGCGUUCGCUGCGUUCACAGCAUUUGCAUCCGCGCAAGUCGUAGAUAUCGAUCCGCGAAUGGUAACAGUGGUAGAAAACCAGGAAAAUGUAAAUCUCCACUGUCGGAUAGGUCGCCCUACCGGUUUAUGCCUUAUACAAGUACCCGGAUAUGGACAGUUUUCGCUGUCACCCAACGAUGCAACUCAGCACCCGGGCUUGAAGUACUACGGUGAAGGGUACGAACGCGGCUCGUGCGGCGUGACCAUCGAGCGCGUUACCGUGGACAACGCCGGUAACAUGACUUGCGUUCUGCUUCCCACUGGUGGUGGAGGUGGGACCCUGACAGGCUCCAUCGAAAUUGUGGUCGCAUUCCCGCCGGUUCCGCCACAAAUUGAAGUCAAGUCAGGUAACCUGGACCAGGUGCAGGUGGACAGCAGGCUGGAAUUCGAGUGCGUUGCUGCUCAGGGAAAUCCGGCAGCAAACAUUUCGUGGUUCUUGGACAACGAACAAAUUUACCAAGGUGUGCGCCCGAUCGAGCCAGAGGAAAACUUUGACGAAGCGUCAGGAAAACGACACUUCACUGCCGUGUCCACUCUGAGCCACACAGUCCGCGCGGAAGACAAUGGCAAACGGUUGACUUGCCAGGCCGAGCAUCUAGCCUAUCCGGAUGGCGUUUCGCGUACCGACCUUGUCUUGAAUGUCAACUUCCAACCGCAGGCCUUGCCCGAUCAGACCAUCUAUGGACUGCAGUUGGGACGCACCGCCACGGCCAGUUUGGUUAUCAAGGCGAACCCCCCACCGAGGAUCAUGUGGAACAUUGACGGUAUUGACCACCACCAGGGUAGCGAGAACGGCCGGUAUGCCGUUCCUAACCCGGAAGCUUUGGGUAACAAUCGCUACAAUGUGUCGCUGACGAUCGCCGGCCUGACCCUGGAGGACCUGUCGAAGACGUACACGCUGCGUGCGUCGAACAGCUUCGGUGCGGAAGAUUAUCGGGUGAUGUUGCGCUCGCAGGACGAAGUUAUCAACGAGUCAAGCGGUGUCGGCAUUGGUGAGAUCGUCGGUUUGGUGCUAGCAGUACUGAUCGUGCUGACCGCCGUGGCCCUGAUUCUGGUGGCCCGCGCUACCGGCAGAUGGUGCUUCCGAGGCAAAGGCAGCUCGACGUCCACCAGUGCGGCAAAAAUUGGUGAAACAAGCGACACCGAAAGCGCCGAGAUGAAGCAACCGGUAUCGAAAACGCAACGUUUCAUGAACAUUUUCACUCAACGUGGCCCACGCAGUGGCGGAACGGAGCGGGCUGUGGAUGGCCCGGCGCCAGAGGUGGUGGACGAACAGGACGGUAAACAAGAGGAACAGAGUCCACAGAAGGCGUCAAAGGACGACCAAACGCUUGUCUACGCGGAAUUGGAGCUAAAGCCGGCGGAAAUUUCGUUCGUGAACAAACCACCGGCUUCGAACGAAUCGACAGAGUACGCGGAAAUUCUGUACGUACAGCAGGGUGGAGCGGGCGCCGUGGCCGAAGGUGAGAUGGCACCGACGUCGGCCACAACCCAAGCGCGUCACAAUUCGGGCGAAGACAAUCGUCCGGUCAUCGACGGGAGCGCUCCGGUAAAAGCGAGCACCAAAAAUGAAAAAGUAGUCGCCUCCGGAGGAAAAUAA